AUGCCUCCAAAAAGGAAUGUCAGAAAUAAAGGUGAUGAUGAUGAUGAAGAUAUGAAACCAGAAACUAACCACAAUGAGAAGCAGAAUACGAAGUCGGGUAAUAAAAAAAAUAAGGGGAAAAAUGUCAACCAGGUUGUCUCAGAUACAGAAGAAAAUGAAACGACUACAAAUAAGAAAAAAGAUAAGAAAAAGAAAGGAAAGGAACAACAAGUGAACAAUGAUAUAGAUGAAGGAAAAUUUGUAGAAAAGUCUGGGAAUAAACAACUGCAGAAAGACAAUAAUAAAUCCAGUAAUGAGUCCCUUAAGUCAGAUGAUAUUGAUGAGGAAUUCUACAAAAAGAAAAGAAAAGCCGGACGAAAUGCUGGUGGUAAGCGGGCUGAUUCUGAUGACGAGAAAAAACCGAAUUCUCAAUCAAAUAAAAAGCAAGCGAAAAAGAAAGGUAAAGGCGAUCAGAAUGAAAUGGAACCAACCCGUGUAAAUGAUGCUGAUGCCCAACAGAAAACCAAAGUGAAUUUCACCGCUACAGAAGAUUCACGUAAACCUUAUGAACCUGAUGAAGAAGAGUCUUUAAAACCUGAAGAAGUCGAUGAUGACUUGUAUACAAAGAAAAGGAAAGCUGGUCGUGGAAAGCAAAAGAAAGGCGGUGAACAGCAACAACAACGACAACAGCAGCAAGAAGAACAACCACCUGUUCAAAAUCAAAAUGUAGGUGGAAAGAAAAAGAAACAGAAAGCUGGGAAGAAGAAAAUUGACGAUGGAUUUAAUAGUGAAAACGAAGAUCUCGAUGAUUUAACUAAAGCUUUGACAAAUGUUUCUUUAGAGGAUGAAAUAGAUAAUUUUGAUUCUCGAAAAACCAAAUUUGUUGCAUUCUCUGAUAUGACUGUAGAUCACAACGAAGAAGUAGUAGAUCAUGUUGAAGAUACAAAUAGUGGUGUAGAAAUUGAAACAGAUGAACGAGUGUGCAUUGUCGCCGAACCAGAGAUUAAAGAUGUAGAACCACCUGUAGUUGUUGAUAAUUCCGUUAAAAGUGCGAGUUUAAUCACUGUGAUUGACGAAAAGGCUGACACUGAUGGAGCACCAGCAGAUAAUGAAGGAAAUGUAGAGAAUGAGGCUGGUACUGUUAAAAUAAAGGUGUCAAAGAAAGAGCUAAAGAAGCUUAAAAAGAAAGAAGAGUUUGACAAGCUUAUUGAAACAGCAAAAGCAAAGAUUAUCGCAUCAUCUGGGACACUUGACAACUUUGCACUUUCUCAGGCCGGAAGUAGUUCAAAAUCGGAACAACUGGAUAAUCAACUUGAUAUACGAGUUGAAAAUUUCUCAAUUGCUGCUAAAGGCAAAGAUUUAUUUGUUAAUGCUUCUUUACAAAUUACUCAUGGUCGUCGUUAUGGAUUGGUGGGACCAAAUGGCUAUGGGAAAACGACAUUACUUCGUUAUAUUGCUACUCGAGCUAUCAACAUCCCUGCUAAUAUUGAUGUACUUCUUUGUGAACAAGAAGUUCAAGCUGAUUCAACACCAGCUUUUGAAAUGGUCCUGAAAUCAGAUAAAAAGCGAUUGGAGUUACUGGAAGAAUUUGAAAAGAUAAAAAGUCGUUUAGAAACAGAGCAUAGUCAAUCUUUAGUUGAUAAGCUAAAUGAAGUCUGUGAAGAACUUGUUGCAAUCAAAGCUGAUGCAGCAGAAGGCAAAGCAGACGCAUAUUAUCUGGUUUAG